GCAAAUUUUUAUAGGAAAUGGCGAUUAAUUCAGCAUCUUGUUGCUGCAUGCCAUUCUCCUCUUUGCCUUCUUCUUCUUCGUCUCGUUCCGUUCUCGGAGCGCCCAAUUCAAAGCCCGGCUUCUUCGGCGACGCUCCGCGCCUCAGCGCUCCGAGCCUCAGGCUCGUAUCGGUUCGGGCCCAGGCACCCGAUAGGGAUGGUCCUGUUGGUGGACCCAAGAGGCGGGUCAGCUUAGAUAACUCAGUUACCUCCGUCGGGUUAUCCUCUUCCUCCGCUUCUUCCGUGAUCGAUUUUCUCACCCUCUGCCAUCGCCUUAAGACCACAAAGCGGAAAGGAUGGAUUAAUCAUGGGAUAAAGAGUGCUGAAUCGAUUGCUGACCAUAUGUAUCGAAUGGCUUUGAUGGCACUGAUUGCUGCCGAUGUACCUGGAUUGAAUAGAGAAAGAUGUAUCAAGAUAGCACUUGUGCAUGAUAUUGCAGAAGCUAUUGUAGGAGAUAUAACACCAUCUGAUGGGGUGCCCAAGGCUGAAAAGAGCAAAAGGGAGAAGGCAGCUUUGAGUGAGAUGUGUGAACUUCUUGGUGGAGGGAUGAGGGCUGAGGAGAUCAAAGAACUUUGGGAAGAGUAUGAAAACAAUUCCUCUAAAGAGGCUAAUCUUGUAAAAGAUUUUGACAAGGUUGAAAUGAUUCUACAAGCACUGGAAUAUGAAACGGAACAUGGGAAGGUUUUGGAUGAAUUUUUCAUUUCAACUGCAGGAAAGUUUCAGACUGAAAUAGGGAAAAAUUGGGCAGCUGAGAUCAUUUCAAGAAGAAAAUCUUUGUCAAAAAAGAGGCUAAGUUGAUGAUAUAAGCAAGUGGCUAAUUAUGGUUGGUGAGAUUGACACAAUGGCUAAGUAUACUUGACAACCUUUAAGCAUGACUUCAUUCAUAACGUAGUUCUGGAGUUUUGACAUAAAUUAGGGAUAAUAUCUAUCAUUUGUCCCAUAUAAGUUUACCUUCGUUCCUUUUUAAAAAAGAAUCUUUUGUUGGUGACUCAUUUAGUCUCAGCUUCUUUGUUUCAUUCUUUUCUUUUGAAGACAUUAUGGUGUAAAUUCUUACCAAGUAUUUAGGCAUUUUUUUCGCAGUUGUACUGUCUUCUAAGCAUUGCAGGUGCAACUGUUUGGUUUUAUUUGUUUUUUAUGAAGUUAAUUUAAAUAGG